AUGGAACUUGAUCGGCGACUGUUGGUGGCUCACUGCGCAACCCACACCCUGUCAGUCCUGGCAGGGUUGAUGGUGGUUGUCCCGCUUGCGCUCAACGGCUCAGCUUUCAAAGAGCGAUGUGCGCUUUUCACCACGGGUUCAUGGAGGACGGAGAAUCGAACCGAAAUUACUGGGGAACCGGGUGAGAUUUCACACUUGAUGGUACAGCAAUGGGGCCCACCGGCUGCUUGCCAGUUUGCUACUUUUGUCGGUGUUUUCACGGUGCUGUACGGCGCUGCGCAGGGCUGGCGAAGCAUCUUUUAUCUCCACGGACGGCAUGACGAGUGAGUGCACUUUACAUGGGCUUUGAAAUAGUUAAUCAAUAGCACAUAAAGUAGGCGCAUAUAUCUUUAUAAAAAAAACAAUUAUACAAAUGAAAACAUCAAUAACAUAAAUAACCUGAUAAUAAUCAUCAUGACCAUUAUGAAAUAUCCAAUUGUGCAAUGCAUUAUUAGGCCUAUGUGUCAUAGGCUAACUGCUAUUACGCAGUUAUAACGAUUUAUGUCAAAUUACAAUGUUUCCACUCGUUUACUGUCACCAAUGUUAUUAUUGUAUUCAUUUUCCAGCACCUUGUUCUCUGCCUUCCUGACCCUGAUCCUGAGCCUGUGUGUGUUGUUCCUGUCUGGAGGGGCCAGCAUCACCCUCUCCCUGGGGCUGGCCUCCUGGUGCAACACUGUCACUGAUGACAACACCAGACCCUACAGGUAAUGUUUAUACACUGAGGCCUACAUAUCAACAGGUCAUACUUUAGGGUAUUCCUGGUCAUUUGGUCAGGAAAAACUCUGGUCCCUAGUACUGUGCAUCGGCCAUCAGGGAAAACUCUGGGCCCUAGUACUGGGCAUGGACCAUCAGGAAAAACUCUGAGCCCUAGUACUGUGUAUUGACCGGUGUGUUGCAUACAUUGCAGUGAGUGUGAGGGUCAAGCUGCAGGAGUGUGGCUGUAGCGUUGUUAAGUAUUGACAGUUUCCUGUCUCUCUGUCUUUGUGCAGCUGUGCAGAAUACCAGUCCAUCCCCAUGUACCUGGAUGUAGACACAUCCUCCUUCUACACUGAGCUCACCCUGGCAGAGGUAUGUAGUCCCCCAUAG